AUGUUCUCCCUCGCACUGCUGGUUUUCUUCCUAGCGAGUGUCAUCGACGGACAAGAGACACCUCUGCCACCAGACAUGAAAGAAGUGUUCAUGGAGCUCAACAGUAUGUACAAGCCAAGCUUGGUAUGGGAUGACCGCUUGGCGAAAGAAGCGCUUGAAGAAUCACGCCAGCCACAUACUUUGAAAGCCGACGCGAAGGUCAUGGCUACAAGGACCUUUUGGAAGAAAGAUCAAGAACCAACGAAAGAGAUGCUGGAAACCAUGAAAGAUCGUUUUGCUCAAAGAAAAGAUAGGGUGGACGAACUUCCAAUGUCACCAGAUACGGUAAUGCAAGUGGCCAUCUGUUUCAUCAAACAGACGCCAGCAAGUACCGAACUGAAACCAUCCCGGCCACCGAUGUUUUUCGGUUGUAAACCAACUCGUCUAUUGGACUGGGGCGUUUUGUUUGUUUCCAGCGAACAGAUUUGA